ACUUUACCAGAUUUCAGGUUAUUAUACACGAAUUCGAGGCAAAGACAAGAAGAAAACUAUCUGCAUUAUCUUCAGAAUCUUUAACAGAAUUCUGGUCAGUGUACAAGACUGAAGAAUGUGGAAGACUAUCAACAGAUCUCGACUCUAUAUAGGAUUAUUAAUAUUUAUAUCUCUAACAAUGAUAUAUUUUUAUACAACAUCUCCCCCACAACUCAGUUUUAGAUUACAUUUCUUCAACGACGACACACAGCUUUAUUCUAAUAACAAGAAGGAGUCACAAUUCCAUGUUGAAACUAAAUCUAAUCGUAAUACCUAUACAGUUGUUAAGGUUAACGCAAAUGCCAAUAACAAGUCCAAUACCGAUAACGAUCGCAAAAUAAACACCAAGCCAAAUGUCAAGUUGAAUACCUUACAACAUUUCCGGACGAAUGUAAAAUCAAAAACUGCUCUAAAUAUCAGGGCGAUGACCAAUACUAAACGCAUGACAUCACUACCUUCUGCAAAGAAAUUAAAAAACAGGCCCCAAUCUGCACUGGAGGGCACACUAGGUGCAAAGGGUCAGAAUAUCACAAAAAUCGCGUCAAAUGUUCCAGGAAAAGUGUCGUCAAAAGUGAAAACAACGUCAAUAGCCAAUUCAAAGAGUAACACCGAAUUAAAAAAAAACAUUACAGCAACAUCUAAAAAACAUUCCAAACCAUCAGUUAAUAACACGACACAGUCAGUGGUGGUGAAAAUAACCAAAACAACAAAAUAUUUGAUCUACCUCUGUGAUAGUAAACGAUAUUGUGGUGGUUUCAGUGAUCGACAGCGGGGAAUAGCUUACACCUUUAUGAUGUCGAUUCAGCUGGAUAGAAAAUUUGGAAUCAUCAUGUCUACACCUUGUGAUGUUCGACAAUUUUUUAUUCCAAAUAAAUACAACUGGAUUAUUCCUGAAAGUGACCUGAUCGGGAAUCCACAGAAAAUCAUCAACUCCGUUGGUUUAGGAGGCGUGAAUUUGUCAAACGACACUACCGAGAUCAUUUAUUUAAGAACUAAUGCCCCUGGAAAUGAUUACAUUUAUCGUCGUAUCCGGCAUAAAUUACCCCCUUAUCUAAAAGGUGGGACGACACGAAGACAAAUUUUUAAACUUAUUUGGGAAUCUUUGAUGAAACCAUCACGUCACGUGAUCAAUCAUUUGAAAAGAUUGUCUUUGUCCAAAGAUAUGACUUGUGCGCAUGUCCGCAUCGGAAAGAGUAGAAAUUUACCGAACGAUCCAGCGAGAAAUAAUUUAACCAGUGUGCCUAAACUUUGGGAUUUUAUGGACAAAUUUGACAAAGCCAAUACAAUAUUUGUCGCAACUGACAAUAUCGAAGUUCGAGAUUCAGCACGACGGCGAUUCACGAAGCGUUAUUUUGAUUCCGAGGGUAAAAUCCUACACAUUGACAGACAAAAAGGAAUGGACGCGGACUGCCUUGGGUUCGAAACUUCAAUAAUUGAUCAAAUCAUACUGUCCAAGUGUAAAGUUCUAAUUGUGUCUAACAGUGGGUUCAGCAUUAGAGCCGCCAUUUUCAGAAAUAAUGCUAAAGAUCUGUAUAUAUUUAACAGGUCAGAAGUAAAACCUUUCAAAUUGCCCUGAGUAGCAUAAUUUAAAUGGGACCGUAAUAAAAACUUACUCCUCAGAAAUUUGCUCCUCAGAAAUUGUAAAGACAAAUAUGAUAAAUCUGUUUCUUGCAUGUUGGCGGAUUCGUUUGCUCGGCGUAUCUUAUGAUGUUGACCUAUAUCGUAGGUGUGUCGGGCGCGAAGCAGAACAUGCUUACUCUUUUUGAAACGCGUGAUAGUAAUUCCUUUUGGAGGAGACCACUACUAUAUAUCUUGUAGUCUUGAGAUUGUCAUACUUUGGACAAGAUUUUCAUUAAAAGAAUUAUCUUUGCUUGUAUGGAUGUUUAUUGUUAAAUUGUUUUAUUGUUAAAUUGAAUGCAAUAUUAAAAUAAAUUAUAUUCUG